CUGUUUGGGUUGCUGUGUGUGUGGGUGAAAUUAGGGAGAAACAGCGCCUCAUCUCAUCAUCUCAAUCUGAAACCACAUCACAUCUUCUUCCUCCUUAAUCUUCAAUCCUCCUUCACAUCACUUCCUCCUCAAUCUUCAGAUACACAACAACAUAAAAGCAAAGAAAAGACAACAAGAACAGAAGCUAUGGAAGCUGAUUCCUCUUCCUCUUGGAGUGCUCGUUUAUCCUCUGCCUCUAAGCGCUACAACUUCGCUCUUCAAUCCCGAUCAGAUAUGUUCAUGGGUUUUGAUGAAAACGAUGGGGAUGAUGAUAUAAGGGAGGAGUUUCUGUGCCCAUUUUGUUCUGAGUAUUUUGAUAUUGUUGGAUUAUGCUGUCAUAUUGAUGAAGAGCAUCCCGUGGAGGCAAAAAAUGGGGUGUGUCCAGUUUGUGCAUCGAGGGUGGGGUUUGAUAUGGUUGCACACAUAACCCUACAGCAUGGAAGCAUACUUAAGAUGCAACGCAAGAGGAAAUCACGGAAAGGUGGAUCUUAUUCAACGCUAUCUUUAUUGAGGAAGGAGCUGCGAGAAGGAAAUUUGCAAUCCCUCUUUGGUGGGUCCUCGUGUAUAGUGUCCUCAUCUAAUGCAGCACCUGAUCCAUUAUUGUCAUCAUUUAUAUUGCCUGUAGCUGAUGAAUUUACCAGUUCUCAGCCUCACUUUCCAACUGAGACAAGGCAAUCCAAAAAAAGCUCAGAUGAGACUGUAUCAAAAAAAAAUGUGGAGACAUCUACCUUGUCAGUCAAGGAUAAGGAAGAAAGGGCAAAAAGAAGUGAGUUUGUUCAAGGGCUAUUGCUGUCCACCAUACUUGAUGACAACUUAUGAAGGAAAUCCAUCUCUGAUGACUGCUGGUUGCUGCAGUGGCGGGCUUUAAUUCACAGAUGUAAUGAAGUCACAAUGUACUUGAUCAGAAUGAAAUAAGAUGUGGAAAAUGAAUGUAAUUUAUGUUGUAUGUGAACUGAAAUUUUCAGUUCAAAUGUUUCAUCUUAUCCUUUAAUUUCAUAUCAUAAAGCUUGAAAACAGAUGAAGUUCCUGUCCUACUGUAAUUUAUAUUCGCUUUAGUUUAGUAAUAUUUUGUGACAUCACCGGAAAAGACGGGAUACCUCAACU